CAAUAUCGUUUUUUUCUGCAGAUUUUUUGGUGGAGUAGGUAGUAAUGAUGUUUACACUGCGUUUUCGUCGCCGGUGUAAAUCAUGUGAAAAGAGGGUUGAAAGCUUUAACGCCAUCCACAGUCGGGAGCUCUGAUGUGAUGCUUGCCCAAACCCUUACAUUCCUUCCUCGUCAAGAUCAGUCAACGUCGCCGUAGCCGACAAAAAUCCGUACUGAAACCGCCGGACACUUUCUUCAAUCUCGAUUCUUGAUCAGCACUGGAAUUGGAUGCCCUCACCAGCAAUUAAUCCUUCACUAUGGGUAACAAUAGCAGCGGUUCGACCCCUCAAAACAGAAGCCUUUUUCAGCCAAACGCCGCCGCGGCGCCUCCCGUCCCCACCGGCCGCGUCCUCGGAAAUCCUAUUUCCGACAUCAAUUCCGUUUAUAUUUUCAGCAGGGAGCUUGGGCACGGCCAAUUCGGCGUGACCCGCCUCGUCAUCCACCGGGCUACGAUGGAGACCUUCGCCUGCAAAUCAAUUGCGACGCGGAAGCUCGUCAAGCCUAGCGACCUCGCUGCCGUCCGCCGCGAGGUGCAGAUUAUGCACCAUCUGACCGGCCACCGGAACAUCGUGGAGUUGAAAGAGGUUUUCGAGGAUCGACUCCAUGUACAUUUGGUGAUGGAGCUCUGCGCCGGCGGGGAGCUCUUCGACCGGAUUAUCGCCAAGGGGCAUUACUCCGAGCGCGAGGCGGCGGCGCUCUGCCGGCAGAUUGUCACGGUGGUGCACGCCUGCCAUUCCAUGGGGGUUAUGCAUAGGGAUUUGAAGCCCGAGAAUUUCUUGUUCUUGGAAUCCGAUGAUGAUUCCCCUCUCAAGGCUACAGAUUUUGGGCUCUCUGUUUUCACAAAGCCUGGUGACAUAUUCAAAGAUCUUGUUGGCAGUGCUUACUACGUUGCUCCUGAAGUAUUGCGUAGAAGUUAUGGGACUGAAGCCGACAUUUGGAGUGCUGGAGUGAUCCUAUAUGUUUUACUAAGUGGGAUUCCCCCCUUCUGGGGACCAAACGAUAGGUGCAUUUUCGAUGCUAUUCUGCGAGGACAUCUGGAUUUCAGCUUCGAUGUUUGGCAAUCAGUGUCGACUAGUGCCAAAGAUCUUGUAAUGAAGAUGCUGGAAGCGGACCCGAAAAAACGAGCCACUGCUGUGGAAGUUUUAAGCCAUCCGUGGAUAAGGGAAGACAGCGAUGUCUCCGACGAGCCUCUUGAUAUUGCUGUCUUGUCUAGAUUGAAGCAAUUUCAUGCUACCAAUAAGCUCAAGAAAGUUGCUCUUAAGGUGGUUGCUGAAAAUUUGUCUGGAGAAGAGAUAGCGGGAUUGAUGGAGCUGUUCAAAUCGAUGGACAUGGAUAACAGUGGAACGAUCACUCUUGAAGAGUUGAAAAAUGGUUUGUCGAAUUUGGGUUCAAAGGUUUCCGAAUCGGAAGUCAGGAAGUUAAUGGAAGCGGCUGAUGUGGAUGGAAAUGGGAUGAUUGACUACAUUGAAUUCGUUACAUCGACAAUGCAUAUGAAUCGAAUGGAGAGGGAAAACCGACUCUACAAAGCGUUCGAGUAUUUUGACAAGGACAAGAGCGGGUACAUCACUGUCGAAGAAUUAGAGCACGCUUUGAAGGAGUACCACAUCAGCGCUAGAGCAAUUACCGACAUUCUUGUAGAAGUCGACACUGACCGGGAUGGGAAGAUAAACUAUGAUGAGUUUGUUGUAAUGAUGAGGAAAGGCUAUCCUGACUUGUAAACAAAUGAUCAAAGAAUUACAGACAGACAACAUUGUAUACAUUUACAAGACAACGUUGUAUUUGUUGAUUAUGAAUGAAGAGGAGUGUCUUUCAUCUUUUUA